AUGAUCGGUGUCAACUACAAGGGUGAGGAAAAGCAGUUUGCUGCUGAGGAAAUCUCAUCUAUGGUUUUGAUUAAGAUGAGGGAGAUCGCAGAGGCUUAUCUUGGUUCUACUGUGAAGAAUGCUGUUGUUACAGUUCCUGCUUACUUUAAUGACUCUCAGCGUCAAGCUACCAAAGAUGCUGGUGUUAUUGCAGGUCUCAAUGUUUUGAGAAUUAUCAAUGAGCCAACUGCUGCAGCUAUUGCAUACGGGCUUGACAAGAAAGCUACAAGUGUUGGUGAGAAGAAUGUGUUGAUUUUUGAUUUGGGUGGUGGUACUUUUGAUGUCUCUCUUCUCACUAUUGAAGAGGGUAUCUUUGAAGUUAAAGCCACUGCUGGUGAUACCCAUCUUGGUGGUGAAGAUUUUGAUAAUAGAAUGGUUAACCAUUUUGUUCAAGAGUUUAAGAGAAAGAACAAGAAAGAUAUUAGUGGUAACCCUAGGGCACUUAGGAGGUUGAGAACAGCUUGUGAGAGGGCGAAGAGGACUCUCUCAUCAACUGCUCAGACCACUAUUGAGAUUGAUUCUCUUUAUGAGGGUGUUGAUUUUUACACUACAAUCACCCGUGCUAGGUUUGAGGAGCUUAACAUGGAUCUCUUCAGGAAGUGUAUGGAGCCUGUAGAGAAGUGUUUGAGAGAUGCAAAGAUGGACAAGAGCACAGUUCAUGAUGUUGUUCUUGUUGGUGGUUCUACUAGGAUUCCCAAAGUUCAGCAAUUGUUGCAGGACUUCUUCAAUGGGAAGGAGCUUUGCAAGAGCAUCAACCCUGAUGAGGCUGUUGCUUACGGAGCUGCUGUCCAAGCAGCUAUUUUGAGCGGUGAGGGUAAUGAGAAAGUUCAAGAUUUGUUGCUUUUGGAUGUCACUCCAUUGUCUCUUGGUUUGGAGACUGCCGGAGGUGUCAUGACUGUAUUGAUUCCAAGGAACACUACCAUUCCCACCAAGAAGGAACAAGUUUUCUCUACUUACUCAGAUAACCAACCUGGUGUCUUGAUUCAAGUUUAUGAGGGUGAGAGAACAAGAACAAAGGAUAACAACUUGUUGGGAAAAUUCGAGCUUUCCGGCAUUCCACCUGCUCCCCGUGGUGUUCCUCAGAUCACUGUUUGCUUUGAUAUUGAUGCCAAUGGUAUCUUGAAUGUCUCUGCCGAGGACAAAACAACUGGGCAGAAGAACAAGAUCACCAUUACCAACGACAAAGGAAGGUUGUCUAAGGAAGAAAUCGAGAAGAUGGUUCAAGAGGCAGAGAAAUACAAGAGCGAAGAUGAGGAUCACAAGAAGAAGGUUGAGGCCAAAAACUCCUUGGAGAACUAUGCUUACAACAUGAGGAACACUAUCAAAGAUGACAAGAUCAGUUCAAAGCUUUCUCCAAGUGACAAGAAACUGAUUGAGGAUGCAAUUGAGCAGGCCAUUCAAUGGCUCGAUGCCAAUCAGCUUGCUGAAGCUGAUGAAUUUGAAGACAAGAUGAAGGAGCUUGAGACCAUCUGCAAUCCUAUUAUUGCAAAGAUGUAUCAAGGUGGAGCUGGCGAAGGUCCAGAGGUUGAUGAUGAUGCUCCACCUCCAAGUGGCGGCGGUGCUGGUCCCAAGAUUGAGGAGGUCGACUAA